AUGAAAAUCUCAAUCGUUUUUAUCUUAAUCUACGUCAUCGCGCCAUGCUGUUGUCACGAUGAAACAGUGUUUCACUGCUCUCCUAAGCCUAGUUGUCAGAUUGUACAAUGUGAUCCGUUGGCUGUAGGAUGGGACAAACCAGGUUUUAACAUCGAUGAACAUCUGCGAGACAAAGAAUUCCCAAUUACAUGCAAAUCUAAGAAUGCGACACAAUCUCAGAAUACUGUCAACUUGUUUCCUAUAGUAUCAAGGAAUAUUCUAGGAAGUGACAGCAAAGUUGAAAAACAAUUUGCAAAAAUUAGCAAUCUUCAGAGUAAAGUUGAAAAUAAGUCUAAUGAAAUUAAACAAUUGAAGGAAGAUUUGGCUAAAGUACAAGACAUGAAUAAUAAGUUGACAGAAGACAACGAAAAUAUGAAAAAAGCAAUCACACGGAUUGAACAUAAAAUUGCUGCGUCGGAAACGCCUCAGCGAGUUCCAAACAAAUUCAGACAGAUCACCAGACCAACAACAACGACAACAUUGAAACCUAAUUCAGAAAACUGCAAAUUACAGGUUGGAAAUACCUGUUAUUUCGCUGUGAUAUUUGUUAAAGAUGACGUCUACUAUGGCAAGGCGCUAGAUAUUUGUAAGAAACGCAACGCGAGUGUUGGUUUAACACGGGAUGAAGAAUCUUACAAUGCGAUUGUGAAUUACUUGAGAAAGAAUAUUCCAAAAGGAAGAACAUGGAUUCUCAUAUGGACCGGAAUCCACAUUGAUCCAAUGACUCGUGACGUCACACCUACAGAUUCAUUCACUAAAUGGAGUCCAGGUUAUCCAUCCGCAGAAAUUGAUAAUGAAGAAUAUACAAAUGUAUACCUUGCGGUUGAUUUUAACCCGAAUAAUCGAUAUCAAGGAAUAAGAAAUGGUGUUCCUACCCGACAGAGCAAUGGAGUUCUUUGUGAGAUCCUGAUCUGAUUAAAUGUCUGCCUGGUGAUAUUUUAUUCUUUUG